CUGGAAAGGAGCGAGUGGGGGAAACCCGCGUAGCCGAGGAGCUGCAGCGCGGGGAGAUGAAAGGAACUUGAGGCACAGAGAAGUUCCCUGGCCUUCAUGAGGUCACCCAGCAUUAAAAGGGUCAACUCAGCAGCCCUGGGUAGCCUGGCUGAGAGUCUGGGCUUUGGCCGCAAUAAUUGAAUGAUGUCUCCUUGUACUGACGUCUAAUGUCAUGAGGGGGAUGGAUACUUGAGAACAGGCACAGUCUUCAGUUUGAAUUCCAUUUCUGCCACUUGCUGGCUGCAUGACCCUGGGUGGUCCGUGGAACACAGCAUCUCCCUGCAGACCCAGCCAUGUGGUGAGCUCCUGCCAGCCUGCCCCAGGAUGGAGCGUGGCAGCCUCCUGCCCUUCCAGCUCUGGUGCCCUCGGCCCUUUGGCACCUACUCUCAGAACCAGCCGCGCCCUCCCUCCGCAGCCCUCAAGCCGCCGGCCUGCCCGGAGCCUGGCAGCGGGACUGAGCCAGACCUGGAGCCAGUGCUGUCCGAGAACACCCCGCCUGCCUUGGCCUCUGAGGCCCCCGCACCCCAGCCCACCCCCCUCCUCUCCGCCUCGUCAGCAGGUGAUGAGGGACGGGUGCUGCUGGACACAUGGUAUGUCAUCAAGCCCGGAAAUACUAAGGAGAAGGUGGCUUUCUUUGUGGCCCACCAGUGCGGUGGGGGUAGCCGGGCCAGCUCCAUGAAGGUCAAAGGGCACUGGGGCAGUGACAGCUCCAAAGCCAAGCGGCGGCGGCGCUGUCUGGAGCCCACGAAAGCUCCCCCAGACCCAGGGGGCCAGGAGGGGCCCCCGGCUGCUGAGGGGGCCCCAGGUUCCGCUGCAGACGACGUGGACUUGCUCUCAGUGGCUGAGAUGGUGGCCCUGGUGGAACAGCGGGCAGCCUUGGCCCUGCAGAGCUACCCACGGCCUGGCACGCCGACGCCUGUGGUGUACGUGUCCGCAGAGCAGGGCGGGCCCGCCAAGGGGCUGGGCGCCGAGCGACGCGCGGGCGGCGGGGACUGUAGCCGGGUGGCCGAAGCAGUGGCCCAUUUCGAGGCCCAGCGCGACAGCCCCCCAGCCAAGGGUCUCCACAAGGAGGAGCGGCCCGGCCCCGGCCCCGGCGAGGUGCGUAUCGCCUUCCGCAUCUCCAACGGCCGGGACUCCCGGGCCCCCGACGGCGCUUUGCCCAACGGCGCUGGGGGUCGGCCCGGAUGCGCCUACCCAGGCAGCCCCGGCCCCGGCGCCAGGGCCAAGGACAAGAUCACCUGCGACCUGUACCAGCUCAUCAGCCCGUCCCGGGACGCCCUCCCCAGCAACGUGGAGUUCCUGCUGGCCCGGGCAGACGAAGCCAGUGAGGGGGACAGCCCGGCCCCCGCCCGACCCGAGGACACGCCCCCAGCGCCCCCUCCGCCCCCGGCCCGAGACUGUGGCGGCGCCGCCGGCUUCCACGUGGACGUGGUGGUGACAGGGGUGGUGGACGAGUGCAUCUUCUUCGGCAAGGAUGGCACCAAGAACGUGAAGGAGGAGACGGUGUGCCUGACGGUCAGCCCGGAGGAGCCGCCCCCGCCUGGCCAGCUAUUCUUCCUCCAGACCCGAGGCCCGGACGGGCCCCCCGAGCCGCCCCCAGCCGCCACCUCCACGGCUGCUGCGGCACCCACCGCCACCACCCCGGGGCCCGACGAGGCCGAGGGGCCGCAGGACACGUCCCUGUGUCGCCUGUACCGGCAUGUGUCGCACGACUUCCUGGAGAUCCGCUUUAAGAUCCAGCGGCUGCUCGAGCCGCGCCAGUACAUGCUGCAGCUGCCCGAGCACGUGCUGGUCAAGAUCUUCAGCUUCCUGCCCACGCGGGCCCUGGCGGCGCUCAAGUGCACGUGCCACCACUUCAAGGGCAUCAUCGAGGCGUUCGGCGUGCGCGCCACGGACUCGCGCUGGAGCCGCGACCCGCUCUACCGCGAUGACCCGUGCAAGCAGUGCCGCAAGCGCUACGAGAAGGGCGACGUGUCGCUGUGCCGCUGGCACCCCAAGCCCUACCACCACGACCUGCCUUACGGACGCUCCUACUGGAUGUGCUGCCGCCGCGCUGACCGCGAGACCCCGGGCUGCCGCCUGGGGCUGCACGACAACAACUGGGUGCUGCCGUGCCACGGGCCGGGGGGCGGGGGCGGGGGCGCGGGCCGGGCCGGCCGGGAAGAGGGCAGGUGAAGCCAGGGGAAGGGGGGGCAGUGCCCAUCAUGCCCACCCCUAGGCUUUCCAGCCCUCAGACCGCUUCCAGCGCUGCUCGCUCCCCUGAACUGAGUUGGGGUUUGGGGUUCAAGGGGGGACCCCCAGAAAGCACUGAUGGCCUGACAGCCCCCCCCAUACACACACACACACACACACACGGGUUUUCUACUCCCCCAGCAGACCGUGGCCCCUCCAAGGAGGGCAUUUUUGUAUCAGCAUCUCAAUUUCUUCUACAGUCAGCUCUGAACCACCUCCCCCAACUCCCUGCCAAUGCUUGAACUCCCCACCUCACCCCCAGGGACCCACCAGCUGGGAGCAGAUGGCAGCUAAUUUUAAUCCUUAGGAUUGCCCAGCUCUGGUCCCCUUCCACCCUAGCCCCCAGUUCUGCCUCUCAGGAGCCCCAAGGUGGGACAUCUGUGCUAACCUGCCACCCCAAGGCCUCACCUCCUCUUGGGGAAUGGGGGGGAGAGCGUCAUUGAAUCCCAGAUCAAAGCCUGACGCUUCCUGAAAGCCCCCCCCCCCCUUUCUGGAUGGCUUCCACUGUCCCAAAGUAAAAGUCACCGUUCUCUUUCGCCUCAAGUCCCCAGUCUCUGUGCCCUGAAGGGAAGAGAACAAAGUAGAAAUACGGAUCCCCCACUUCCCCUUUAUUUAAACUGUUGCUGUCAUCACUUCCCCCCUACCCCCCAAAACAAGCUGUGAAGCCCUUUGCCUCGCUCCUGGCAGCGAGGGGGCCACUGGGCAGGGACUGCGGGCUGGCAGUUCUGAGUUGAUUUCCUUCACUCCGGUUCUUCCGUUGAGGCGGUGGGGGCGCCUCGCCCCUUGGCCACUGUGUUCCUUCCGAGCCCUCUGACCAGCUGAGACCUUGAUUUCCAGGCAGUUUGGUCUGGGGUCUUUUUGAUUGGGUUUUUGUUUUCCUUGUGGUUCUGGAAACUUCUAGCGUGUGGCAUCUGACCAAUUUUGAAUUGGUCCUUUCUAUAAAACCAAUAUUUAUAAGGCUGGGCCCAGA